AUGGACCUGUCCAUUGUGAAGUGGGUUGGUGACGACAUGCGCAAGAUGUGGGCCGGAGGUGCCAUGCCGGGUGGUGCUGUUCAAGCUCAGACUGCUCAGACUCAGGUGCAGACCAUGCCGCAACCUUCGAAUCAGCCCUUCAGCUUCAGCAUGUUACCAGAACCAGAAACCACUGAUGCGGACAUGGAGAUGCUUCCCGAGGACUAUGUACUUCUUCUCGAGAGCACUCCGAUUUGGGAAAUCCCAGAUUACGACGAUGACGAAGACUUGGAGGAUGAAACCCAAAGUGCCAAUGGCACCAAGAAGAUGCGCAUUGACUCGCCGUCUUCCGCUUCUACCGCAGCUAACAGCCCCGCUGCGCCCAGUUCUCCUUGCAUGUUGCCCUCGCCGCACGAGCCGGAAUUCUAUGCUUCGAUGACAGAAGAGGAGAUUCGAGACAGGCUGGGUGUCGCUGGCACAAACAUUGCCAUGGAAUGGGAGCGAGAGGACCUGCUGGCCACUCUCAUGGAGAUCGACAAGGUCAUCCCUGAGAUGUCCAAGCAGCGAUGGGUUUUCGACACUGAUACCUUGCCAUCGGCACUUAGGCCGCCAGGUCGGCAUUUUCACGCCGAAGCCUGUGCUCUGCGGAGAUUUCUGAACCUUCAGGGCCCUCAAACCUUUGUGAAGAUGUUUGAAAACCUUGAGAUACACGGAAAGGCAAGCACCAUGUGA